AUGGGUACAGGAUGCAGUAGCAACAAAGACUUCAACUGGGAGGAGCUUCGCAUAGAGACCCAUGACUUGCACGACCUAGGCAACACCAUCACGGAAGAUGAGGUUUGGGCGGCCAUAAAGGAGAUGCCUAGUGAUAAGGCGCCCGGUCCGGAUGGCUUCACGGGGGUCUUCUUCAAGAAGUGUUGGGGCAUCAUCAAGCUUACGGUCAUGAGAGUCAUCCAGUGUUUUGACUCUCUCCACACCUCCAACCUGCAUUGGUUGAAUUCUGCCAAUGUUGUGCUAUUGCCCAAAAAGGAGGGCGCGGAAGGCAUCUCUGAUUACAGACCUAUCAGUCUCAUCCACGCCAUCGCAAGAAUAAUUGCCAAGAUCCUUUCGCUCCGGCUGGCUCCACACAUGGACUGCCUUGUCUCCAACGCGCAAAGUGCAUUCAUAAAGAGGCGUAGCAUACAUGACAACUUAAUUCAUUUCAUCCCAAGCGAUCUACUCAAUCACGCCUCCAAUUCUUAUGCUCGUGUCUACGACACCCGUAAAUGCAAGUCGGGUGGAUCAUCUGAUUUCGCUCAGCCAUCUGACUGUUAUUGUCCACCACAUCUUAUUGGCAAUAAGAAUGUUGGAAUAACAGGGUUAGCAUUCUCUCACCAGAGUGAGUUGCUUGUAUCUUACAAUGAUGAGAAUAUUUACCUCUUCCCUAAAAAUGGAGGGCUGGGACCCGACCCAAAAUCAUCCGUCAAAAUUGGAGGCGGUGAAGGGUCCAACUCAAUAGUGUUUGCAUCCGGUGAAGAUGUUGAUCGACCUGCGCCUCAGGUAUAUGUUGGGCAUCGCAAUUGUGAGACUGUGAAGGGUGUGACUUUUAUUGGGCCAAAUCAUGAAUAUGUUGCCAGUGGGUCAGACUGUGGUCGGUUAUUUAUUUGGAGGAAGAGAGAUGGGAAAUUUUUACGGGCAAUGGAGGGUGAUGAAUGCAUAGUCAAUUGUAUUGAGCCCCAUCCUCAUGCUAUGACAAUUGCAAGCAGUGGAAUUGAUAAUGAUGUGAAGCUAUGGACUCCCUCUGCCGUUGAACGAGCACAAGUGGUUAAUGUUGAGGAGUUGAAGCCCCGAAAGAGGAAAGCAAAGCUCUGGCAAUUUGCCUUGCCGGAGGAAUUGGUCUGGCACGUGCUGGCAUCACGACGUAGGCAACCAGCGGCUGGAGAAGAUUCAUCCGAGGAUCUUGAAGACAACACAGAAUUGCUUAAUCUUGUACUGCGAGCUACAAACAGAGAUAACUUGUCUGAUGAGAGUGAUGAGGAUGAAGAAACCUCGGAUGGCUCUGGAGAAUAGAGGCCAAUGAUCAAUUGUCCUUGGGGGAUAUUGCAAAAUUGUGUAUAUACGAUAAUAAUUACUCCAUUUUCAUGGAUGAUAAUAGUAUUAGUGUGCCUAUGUAGCUUGUGAUUCUCAUCUAUGUUAAGAUAUGUGUGUUUCCAAAAAGGGUACUUUGUUGAGAAAUUCGAAAUAUGGACAUAGCGUGCGAGCAUCUUC